CUUCCGGAAUACGUCGUGUCGAAUCAAAGUUGUUGUACAAGUAGAUUAAUUUUGUGGUGACAGCAUGUUGCGUCAUAGAUACAUGGUCAAGAAAUUUGAAUAAAUAUUUCUAAAAAGAACGUCAUCAUGAGUUUGAAGAAAUUGGUGUCAUCCAUGAGCAGGAUGUCAUUGCAGGAAGCAGUCUUGGUCUCUGGGAUUUCACGACUCAGAUGUGCUAAAAUGUUAGAGUUUGGUUUCCACAGCAGUGGAUUUACAUAUGGAAAACAGAAGUUUAUCAAGUUAGGAAUAGACUUGAGUAAAUACAGUUUAAGACCACUUCCUUUACCAAAAACAGGAGGGAGAGGGGCAGAUGGCAAAGUUCAGACCCACGGGGUUGGUGGUGGUCAUAAACAGAGGUAUAGACGUGUGGACUUUGUGCGGUCUGGGCCAGCGGAUGGGGAACCAUUCACAGAGAGGAUUACAGAGGUGAGGUACGAUCCCUGCAGAUCUGCCAACAUAGCCGUGGCAGCAUCUGGGGACAGGAAGCGGUACAUCAUAGCUACAGAAAACAUGAAGCCUGGCGACCUGAUAGAAACAUACGGAGGCAUUCCUCGUAUUGCAGUGCGGCCUAAGGAAGGAAACGCAUACCCAGUGGGAGCAUUGCCUUUAGGGACUAUAGUGCACAACGUGGAGAAGUUUGUGGGUCAAGGAGCCAGUUUUGCCAGAUCGGCAGGCAGUUCCGCAGUACUUCUGCGCAAAGUUGGAGAUAGAUGUAUAGUAAAGCUUCCGUCUAAGCGUGAAAUAAAUAUAGCUGAACAAUGCAUGGUGACAGUUGGACGAGUAUCGAAUGUCAACCACAAUAAGGAAAUAAUUGGGUCAGCAGGACGUGCGCGUUGGUUCGGGAUACGACCGCAAAGUGGUUGGCGACAUCGUAAAAACGGUUACAAUGGACGAAAAAUCAGACCUGUGCCUCCCAUGGUGAAUUAUAAUAAACCUCCAUCUGAGAAACUAACUGUCUAUAGAUUCACUGUUUAAACCUUACAAAUUUAGUGUUGCUGUUUUGCAAAAUUGAAGGCAUAGACUGUAUUAAUCUCAGCCUUAGAAUGGUCUUAUUAAGGGAUGGCUCAGAACUGAGGGCUAGAGUGUUCAUGUUUAUGCUGUAUUGUCCUGUUUCUUUAUGGCAGUUUCAACCUAGAAAUGUGUCCAGAAAUUCACAAGGAUGAAACAGAGCAAAUACUUUGGUAAGAUAAAAAUGACCAGAAAAAAUUUAAUUGUGUUACACAUGUAAUAGGGUGCCUUUGAGUUUUUGGAGACACCUUGUGUAUGGCAUGGCGCAUAGAUGACAGAAGUUCUAUUGAGUAAAGGUCUGAUUUAAGAUGUUUUGGAGUGAAAAAGUCUCUGCAAUGCAGAAUGUGAAUGUCUGAAUACAAUUUCUGUGUCGUGUACAUGAAUGUAAACAGAGCGUGCUUUGAAAGGAUGUCCAUAAUUGAACAUU